AUGCAUAUCGGUUAUAUCCCCUCUGAGAUAGUCAUUGGGCUUUCUAAGCUCUCACGCAUAGCCGAGAUGUUUUCACGGCGCCUGCAGAUCCAGGAACGCCUCACUAGACAAGUCGCCCACGCCAUCAUGGAAAUUCUCAACCCACAGGGCGUUGCUGUCGUCAUGGAGUCGUGUCACAUGUGCAUGGUUAUGCGCGGCGUUGAGAAGACGGGCACCACCACUAUCACCAGCUGUGUCCUCGGCUGCUUCGAGAAGAACAACAAAACGCGCAACGAGUUCAUGAGCCUCGUCGGCGUAAAUAAGACAUGA